AUGGAGGUUGAUGCUGCUCGCGUUGGAGAGUCGGGCCCCAAUGCAUUCUCUCGUCCGUUUUGUGUUGGCCAUAGCAACGGCCUCAGUGUCAUCCCAAUUAAAUCAGGGGUCACACUCGAGUGCGUGCACAAUGACGAGGUACCAAUGGGUCAGUGUGAGGAGCAGUUGGUUUGUGUUCGUCAAUAUGGUUGCCCAGGCGUCGACCCAAAUGGCAAACGUUCACGCUGGGGAAAUUAGUGCAUGGGAUGCGAUAGAUCACAUCGGUCUGCUGUUCUUUGGGGAUAUGUUCCUUUACUCGAGAUAAUGACGCACGCAUCAAGGAUACUGAUUUGUGGGCAUUGUUGAUGCCGGACCGAUUUAGCUGCUGUGCGAUAACUUCAGAGGUUUCCUGCAUAUAGGGCAGGGAGAAGAAUUUCUGCGCCACGAUUCUUCCGUUUUGGGGUUGGGGCGCAGGUUGUUUCUCACACCUGGGGCCGUUCUUUGCAGAACUUUAUAGGUGUCGGUUGCACUGUCCUUGUCCCAAGUAUAGGCGUAAUGUGAGUAUUACAAAUAAAAUGGACCAAAUAGGGAUGCCAAAAUCAUUAGUGGGAUAUUAGCUAAAGCCAAAAUAGAAAAAGGGCAACCUGAUGUUUCGAUUUAGAGGUAGGGUUAGUUUCAGGGUUUGGGAUAGUGACUGGCUGAGAACUGAGUUUAGGGUUAGAAUUUGUGUCAAAUUUAAGGGUUCCGGUUAGCGGUAGGGUUUGAAUUGCGGUUUAGGUUUACGUCUGGUGUUAAAGUUGGGGUUCUGAUUAAGGUUAGACUUAGUGUUACGGCUAGGGUUUGUGGUAAGUUUAAGCUUAGUUCCGGUGUUAGGUUUAGGGUUAAAAUUGCGUUAAGGAUUAGAUUUAUUUUUGAAGUUACAAUUUGGUUCAUCGUCAGGGUUGCAGUAUUGCUGCCACGUGUGUCCUGUCAGCCAGGUCUUUUGUGGGAAUCCUGGACUGCCUUCAAUCUCGCGGCAGAUUUGUCAUACAUUAGGUUGCCUUUUCCGUUUCAGCCUCGGCUACUUUCCCAACUACACGAUUUUAGCAUCUUCCUUCGGCCUACUUUCCUUUCAAUGCCCCGCAUUGCGCUUGCACUUGGGACACGAACAGCGUAACCAAUCCUUGCCGACUGCAUUUUUGAGACGGUUUCUCUACUCAUCAGACAUUUGGGGAUCGGCUUCACCCACUGACCGAAUUCAACUAUCUGGCAUCCGACUUUGAGACCCAAAGCCUCUCCUGGGGCAUAUAUCGGGAUAGGCCACUCGUGUUUUGUCAAGUUCGAUAUAAGGGGUCUUUCAUUGUUAAAUCUGCCUUUGUUUUCUUGUAAUUUUUGGGUGAGUGGCGUCGAUAGGCCACCUGACUGACAGACAUUGGAUUGAGUUGAUUGGCAAACACAAAAACUGUCUUCUUGCGCCAGGGCCUCUGAUUUCAUCCCCUUUCAAACACGGUCGACGUUUUUGUUGCAGACUGGUUCAUAAGAUUGCGUUUAGUUGUCGUAAUCGACAUCUUCCCGGCAUGCUUAUUUGAUCCAGUUCGCCGGUGAUACCAGCCCGCCACCGGCUCGAAAAUUCACGAGCAAAACUCGAUUUUUUCCGAUGAGCCUUCUAUCUUUAUCAUAUUAUCUCGCGAUGCACACCACUUGAGUUAUUCAUACAUAUACAUACAUAUACAUUUUGGGGGUAACCAUCCCAUCUCUCACAAGAGGAGUACUGUCUACAGCCUGCUAAACCGUGCUAAAACACACUGCUCUGAUGAAUAAAGUUAUCAAGCAGGAAUGAAAUACGUUUUCAAAUUAUUUUCCCACAACGGGUAUCCGCGAGACUUUGUACGUCAUUGCAUAAAACAUGGGUUUAAAUAGAAAGGUAUUUCGGUAACAACGGCCAGUCAGGCACCAGAAACAUCCACCUGGCGAACCCUCUCAUGCGUGUACCUGAGCUUGUCGAAAGACAGCUGAAAAAAACAGCAGAUACAAGUAGUACACCAACCUACAACCACCUUGCGUACACAGCUUGUACACUCUAAGGACAGGGGUGGCUAUCUUGACAGAAAAGGUGUUGUCUACAAAAUACUAUGUCCCGGCUGUGAUGCCGUCUAUUGUGGCCAAACUAGAAAAUCUGCCUCUACCCGCAUACAUGGGCAUCAGUUAGCGGUGGGAAGAUGAGAUCAUCUAUCCCAGGUGGCUAUGCACACACUGGACACUGGGCACAAAUUUGCAUGGAAGAACACUUGCAUUGUUGGCGCCUGCCCAAUAAGGAAAGGCCGCGAAUUCCUGGAGGCACUGCACUCAGAUAAGACAUGUAUCAAUCGUCAUAUCGAUUUAGAUGCCACAUACAAAUUACUCAAGGACAAAUGGAAACGAGCGCAGCCGAUGCCGAGGGGAUGACGAAAAACCAUUAAGGCGCAUAGUCGCAGGCUUCAGCCAACCAUAGAAUCACUUGUUUGACACGGUUAAAUAGUUAACUGUUUUUAUACAUAGCCCAGAAGUCUGACGACGUGCUGGGGAACCAGGCUCGAAAGUUUAGGCAUUAAGGGUUAUUCUCUUCCCAAAGAAUUUCACUUGUUUUCAACACAUAUAUAUAAUGCUAUAGGGGCGAUCGCCGAUCGCGUAUGUACAUAUAUAUGCAUACAACAAUAACUGCGAAGGAAGCGGGACACCUGCAUAGCGCACAGUGCUGAGGGAAUUUAAGGAUAGGCUGACCGCAAUUAAACACGGAACGUCCUCGCAUCAAUCAGGGCGAUCUCCGGUCCCACAACUAAAUGAACUGUAGUGACAUUUAAGCCUAUUUUGUUUUAAUCAGUUAUAAUACGCUUGUUAAAUAACUAGGCACAACUUUGAGUGAGACAACGAACUAGGACGUGCAUUUUUACCUGCUGACGACUUUGUUAUUAUUUACUAGUUUGUAACUGUUGGGAUACUUCUAUCUUCGUUUCCCGGAUAGUCACUUACUGUGCCCAACUAAUGGGUUUAUCACUCACAGAAUCAUCCCGCUUCUCAGCGUUGAUGAAACAAAAGCUGAGUCGAGCACUUCAGAAGCAUCCUCAGCCAUCCAUCCACGGUCUCCGACGUCGCCUUCGACCGACUUCUUCAAGUGAAAACAAACAACGACCUGGAACUUCAACCUUCUCUCGCAGAAGCUACUAAAGCAGUGCACCAACUCUCGGGCGGGAAAGCACCGAGUUCCAAUGCGACCUCGGCUGAGGCCUACAAGCACGUCGGUCGUCGCGACCGUCGCUCAUUUCUACAAGCGGAAAGGGAAUCGGCAGUGUUAAACAUCUCCGGAAGAUCUUUGACUCCUCAACCGUCACGACAGCUAUUUCGUGCAGAGACUUCUUCCGGAAAGCCAGUGUGGCCUCCGAUACCACCGCAUAACCAUUGACAUGAUCUUUGCCGCCCGCCAAGCGCAGGAAAAAUGCCAUAAAAUACGAACCCACCGUUGUGGGCCUGACUAUAGCCUUUAACACGGGGAAUGACGAUGGAGCGUGGAGAGGAAUGCAGAAAUUUUACUGUUCUGAGUGAUUCGCACGCACGGUGCAUUAGCUCCACGAGUAUGAUGAUGAUGAAGAUGAUGAUGAUGAUGAUGAUGGUGGUGGUGGUGAUGAUGAUGAUGAUGAUGAUGAUGAUGAUGAUGAUGAUGAUGAUGAUGAUGAUGAUGAUGAUGAUGAUGAUGAUGAUGAUGAUGAUGAUGAUGAUGAUGAUGAUGAUGGAGUGGAACAGGGCUGCGUACUCCCCACUCCCCCUAGUGUUUUCUGCCAUGCUGGUGGACGCUGA